UUUUCAUUUCGAAUCGGUAAAGAAAGGGAAAUUGCUAGCCGUCAAAAAUAGGAAAUUUUAGAUAUAUACAAAAUACUGAAUAGAAAUGUAAAAAAAAUAUAUUUAUGAAGAAUUCUCUUGAAAUAUUGGAUGAAUUAACUUGGAAAUGAAGUGCAUAAUAUAACGAAUCCAUAGGAAUCAAUUGAUAUUCAAUUUUCCUCUUAGCAUAUGCUUCAGUUGAUGAAAUAAAAUGAAUAUGUUUUCCGCAAUUAAAAGACUAACAAGUAAAGGAGAUGCUUCCUCUAAUAAUAAUGCUAUACCCACUAAACCCCUUAGUCAUCAGUGUAUGUCAACAGUUCUUCAAAAAAAAUUUUCUAAAGGAGUUCAAUAUAAUAUGAAAAUAGUCAUAAAGGGGGAUCGAAAUGUAGGAAAAACUUGUUUGUUCCAUAGACUACAAGGAAAAAAAUUUGUAGAAGAAUAUAUACCAACCGAUGAAAUUCAGGUCACUUCUAUACAGUGGAACUAUAAAGCUACUGAUGACAUUGUAAAAGUUGAAGUUUGGGAUGUGGUUGAUAAGGGCAAAAAGAAAAAACAAUUAGAUGGUUUGAAAUUAAAUAACUUGAAGACUGAACUUCUAGAUGAACCAGCUCUAGAUGCUGAGUUUCUUGAUGUUUAUAAAGGUACUAAUGGAGUUAUAUUAAUGAUGGAUAUAACAAAAUCUUGGACUUUUGAUUAUGUGCAAAGAGAACUUCCCAAAAUACCUAACCAUAUUCCAGUUAUCAUUAUGGCAAAUCAUUGUGAUAUGGCGCAUCAUAGAACAGUCACACCAGAUCAUGUUACAUAUUUUAUUGAGUCAAUACUGGAAUCAAGAACUGCACAGGUUCGCUAUUCAGAAUCUUCUAUGAGAAACGGAUUUGGACUGAAAUUGCUCCAUAAAUUUUUCAAUCUCCCUUAUUUGCAACUACAACGAGAAUCCCUUCUCAUGCAGCUAGAACGAAAUUCAGUGGAGACUAAUGCCACAAUCCAAGAACUAGAUAUGUAUGCGGAAACUGAUGAAGCAGACUAUAAUAAAUUUAUGGAGAAUUUAACUAAGAAAAGGAGAGAAAUUGCUGACCACAAUGGUCGGGUUAGUAUCCAACAAGUUCUAGUGCAGCAAGCAGUGCAGAAUAGUUCUAGCAAUGGGACUGGUCAAGUGGGGCCUGAGAAUGUGGUGAAAAGAUCGCAGAGUGGCCCCAUCGUUAUUGGAGCAGGAAAACCCAUUCCCUUUGGUAACAUAGAUAUAACCCAAAGAACCACUGUUCCUAAAACCAGCCAGUCCUCAAGUAUGAUAUCUAAACUUCAUUCCAAAGAUACAACAGAUUCAACAACUGAUACUAAUAAUCGUAUAACUUCGGUGGAAGAGUUUUGUCCGGAUGGUGGACAAUUGGAUAGGAGUUUCUUGGAUGAUGUCCAUUUCAACAUGCAAAACGUUAAGAUCGAAGAACCAGUUUCAGAUUCUGAUACAGAUACUGGAAAUCCACUGGUGUCCGAGCUUCAAGAGGACUUUGAUCCUGAGGACUUGGCAUUAUAUACUAAAUCACCGCAAAACAUGACCUCGCAGAAUUUUUUAAAACCCCAACAGAAAACGGGCCCAAAUUUCAAUCACAGAUCUGAUGGUAGCGAAGAUGGCAAAGUGUUGGAAGAUUACGAGGCUAUAAAAGCAGAUUAUGAGGGUAUGGGACAUACUCAAGAUGAGUUUGAUUCUACUAUUAACUCUGAAAUAUCUGAAUUAACAUCUGAUCCUUACGAAGGCUGGAUUGGGAAUGACACUAAAUUGAGACGUUCACCCGAAGGUGGGGAGGAUGUUUCGGUUGUGAGCCAGAUAGAUUAUAAUAAUAGUAGUUUCAACGAUGACUCAAAUAGUGUAACUUCGUCAAAUGUAAACAUGGAAUUGCUGGCUUCUAAGAGAAGUCCAGUUUUAACUGAUAGAAAUGAACAAUGUGAUAGUGAUGAAACUCAUACUUCUAGCUCGGUAUCAAAAGAUAAAAAAAAAAAAAAUAAGGAAAAAAAGCUCUCUAAAAAACAUAGUAAAAAAACUAAAGAGAAAAGCUCUGAGGAUAAUUCAAGAAUUGAUAGGAAAAGUAAAAGACGUUCGAAAGAUGAGAAUUCUUCACACCAAGAUGAAUUGGAAGAAUUUCUGAACAGCAGUCCUAAUCCACAAAUGGAAGGCAUUUAUGAGGCUAUAUAGUAUAAGUUUGUGUGCUGUAGGCGAUAUUAUGGUAACAUAAUAAAUUAAAAGACAUGUUCAGUAUGGAUUGCAAAGCAAGCUUUCAAAAAAGGAUAGAGCUCUCAGGUAGAAGAAAUUUUCUUGAUUUUAGGUAGUCAUUUUGAGACUAUUUAUGAUGUUUAAUUAUACUUUGGUCAAAAUUUAUGGAAUAAAAUCCUGGAACAAUAUCAGAGAACCUUAUGAAUUGAAAAUUAUUUUCUAUAGGUGAAUUUGAUAGCUUCUUUAAUUUCAUAAAUGGUCUGAUUUUUAGAGCUUGCUGCGAAAAAAAGCAUUUUUUAAGAAAUUUAGCACUGAGAACAAUUUAAUUUGUUACCUAUUUUGUAGAGUAUAUUAAAGUUUAGAAGUUGUAUUUAUCGAUUUGUUGUGUUGUUGUAAUUGUUGAAAUUUAAAGAAGUUUUGUUUCUUCUAUCUGAGGAACUUGAACCAAAUAAAGAUGUUUUGACUCCUAUGUUGCCUUAAAAAUUUUAGGCAUAUAACCAAACAAAUUUAUAAUCAACCUACAGUUGAAUAGUGUUUAUAUUAACUCAAUUAUAACCAUGGCUUUAAGAUCUCUUUCUUAUAAAUGUUUAUUAUUAUAACUCCAUUAUUUUUGAAGAAUAAAUCAUAUUUAAUGUUUCA